AUGCAUGUUCAAAACUAUGUUGAUGUUAACCGUUCUGGCGGCGACAAAUUACCAGUUCAACCUAUCAAGCAUCCUCGCAUUACCGUAAUUCAGGAGGAGAAUGACGAAGAUGAUAAGCUACCUGCAUCAGCUACGUCACUUUCUAGGGCUUUGAUAGAAUCUGAAAUUCAGGAGAAAGUUGACGUCUCAUCAACAGACAAUGAUUCGCCAACUCCGCUUCCACUCCCCCAAAAACUGAAUCAGGAUGAACCACCCCGUUUAAAAUGGAGCAACCAAUGGGAAUUUAUGGUUUGUUGCAUCUCCAUGAGUGUUGGUCUCGGAAAUAUUUGGCGAUUCCCCGUAACGGUCUAUAAGAAUGGCGGAGGUGCAUUUCUGAUCCCUUAUUUCAUAAUCAUGAUUGUGAUUGGGAGACCAGUCUACUUUUUGGAGUUGUGCUUGGGUCAGUUCACGUCAAGAAAUCAGGUACAAGUCUGGCGUUGCGUCCCAUUUUUCAAAGGGGUCGGAGUGGGCACUGUGGUUGGGGCGUUGUGCUCACUGUCUUACUACGUUUCUAUUGUGGCUCUUCCCAUAUACUAUCUUAUUCGCUGCUUUCAAAAUCCUCUUCCUUGGACAGAAUGUAAAGAAAGUUGGGCCGGUGUGGGAAAUUGUAAUGGAACUCAUCUUAACCCAGCCAAAACGAACCGUUCUCUUCCCGAUCUCUACUUCAAGAACGAAAUUCUCCAAGAACUUCCAAAUAUCGAGGAUGGCAUCGGUUCACCAGAGUGGAGACUUUCACUUUGUCUCGCUUUCUCUUGGCUGAUCAUAUACUUGUCGAUUUCAAGAGGGGUUAAAACCAUGGGGAAAGUUGCAUACGUCACCUGCAUAUUUCCCUCAAUUGUUCUCGUCAUUCUGCUCAUCAUUGGACUCACACUUCCUGGAGCUUGGUCAGGUAUAAGGUUCUUUAUGGAACCAAAAUGGGAUCUGUUGUAUCAACCGAAGGUUUGGUAUAACGCCGCAGGGCAAUGUUUCUUCUCCCUGAAUACUGGUCUUGGUGCCAUAAUAAUGUUUGCCAGCUAUAAUAAAUUCUCGCAUAAUAUUUACAGGGACUCCUUAAUCUUCAGCUUGGUGGAUACUUUCAUCAGCGUGUUUGCAGCUUUCACCACUUUCGCCAUUUUAGGGAAUCUUGCUGAAGAACUUGGAGUCAGUAUUGAUAGCGUCGUGGGAAAGGGGGACCUCGGUCUUAUCUUUGUCACGUACCCAAAUGCCAUCGCAAAAAUGAACUGGGCUCCACAGCUCAUCGCAGCACUCUUCUUCCUCAUGCUAUUUUUUCUUGGAUUGGGAAGUUCAAUUGCGAAUGCGGCAGCAAUUUCGGUCAUAUUUUGCGACUACUAUUCAUACUUUAGAGAGCACGUCGUCACCCUGUCCAUUUGUAUUAUCGGGUGCAGUAUUGGAUUAGUGUAUGUAACACCGGGUGGUCAAUUUAUCCUGCAGCUUGUCGAUUUUUUCACCAGUGCUUUUUUCAUCUUUACAAUGUCUAGUUUGGAGGUUAUUGGAGUCGCUUGGUUUUAUGGAAUAUAUAAUUUCAUUGGUGAUAUCGAAUUCAUGUUGGGCAUCAAGUUGGGUUUAUUUUGGAAAAUAUGUUGGGGAGUGUUAGCUCCAUUUAUUCUGAUGUUCAUUUUGGUGUACUCCCUCAUCGUAGAGAAGUUGGAAUAUAAUGGGAUUCCAUUUCCUAGCGCGGCGAAAGGGGCGGGAUGGAUGUUGGCAGUUGUGGCGAUCGGAUGCUUUGUAACUGGAGCAAUCCAUGCAAUGAGGAAGGUUUCUGCGGUAUCCUGGAUGGAUAAAUUAAGAAUGUCACUUCGCCCCCAGUACGGAUGGGGUCCAAGAGACCCCAAAGAUCGAGAAGAUUGGCAAAUAUUUAUUAGCACUCAGGACAGGAGAUCGUUCCGACAAAGAGUCAGAGAUAGGUUUCAAAACGGGUCUAUUGAUACAACUAAGGCACAAUAAGGUGUUAUCUGUGUUCUUACAUCUGCAUACC